AGAACAGUCGGUCAAAACCCCAAUCUUCAUUCAAAUCAACGGUCAGACCUGACAAUAACCGUCACAAUAAGCUUUCGUUCUUGGCUUCCUGGGAAAAAAAAGGAGAGAAAUAACAGAGCAAAGCUUGAAAAAAAAAAAAAAAAAAACCCCAUUUUAAUUUUACUCAAUAAUGAUCCGAUUCAUAUUGUUGCAGAACAGGCAGGGAAAGACUCGAUUAGCCAAGUACUACGUUCCUUUCGAGGAAUCUGAGAAACACAAGGUCGAAUACGAGGUUCAUCGGUUGGUGGUCAACAGAGAUCCCAAACAUACAAACUUUGUAGAGUUCCGUACACACAAGGUCAUCUACAGGCGAUAUGCUGGAUUGUUCUUCUCAUUGUGUGUUGAUAUCACUGAUAAUGAGUUAGCAUAUUUGGAGUGCAUCCAUCUCUUUGUUGAGAUAUUGGACCAUUUCUUCAGCAAUGUGUGUGAGCUAGAUUUGGUAUUUAACUUUCACAAGGUAUAUCUAAUACUUGAUGAGUUCAUUCUUGCUGGAGAGCUCCAGGAAACAAGCAAGAAGGCAAUAAUAGAGAGAAUGGGGGAGUUGGAAAAGCAAGAAUGAGAAUGGGGGAUCUCCACUCAGUCGUCUUAUUUUGUUGUUCAUCCAAUCUGUUUCUUUGCUUCAAGAACUCUCGCAGCUUUGUAAUGUCGGAAAAUGGAUCUGUCUCUUGUUCUCCAGCAUUUUUCUUAUUUGGUAUGUGAGCACCAGGGAGGUGUUGGCUCUCGGAGUUACUAAAAGGUUCAUUUUUAUGGUUUUGUGUAUGGUACAUGGGGUUUGUGCAUAAACAUUGUUUUGAUUCAUUUCCCUUCAAAAUGAUUCUAGGCUCAUUGUUGGGUCCAUGUGCUUGUGAAUUGAUGAAUCAUCUUGGGCAUAAUUGCCUGUUUGCUCUGUCCUAUUUGAAUAUUAGGGAUUCCAUGUCUUUUAA